AUGCGGAUUAUUAUUAUUAAAGAGACGACUACCAGGUUUUUGUCCUGUCUGAGGUCCUUCAAUUCACUGAACCAUCUAUACAUUUCAGACUCAUCUCUCAGUUUUCCCUCCUUCAUCCCUCAACUACUAUCCAGCACAGUGCUAUCAGCUGAGAGAGUGACGUCACAAUGCUAUGAAGGACUGAUCUCGUCGCUCCCUGGUUUGGUAAAGUUCGAUAUCACACUGAUAAUAGGCCAGUCGGAUGUCCUCAGGAUAACCAAAUGCCAUCUGUCUUCUGAGAUGACUGCUAGAAUGUGGUCUUGUCUGAGACCCUUCACCUCACUGAACCAUCUCACCAUUUCAGACUCAUCGCUCAGUUUCUCUCUAUCACCUCCUGAACUACCGUCCGUCACAAUGCUAUUAGCUAAUAAACUGACGUCACAAUGCUACCAAGGGUUGAUCUCGUCACUACCUGGGUUGCGAGAUAUUGAUGUCCAAAAUGCAGCUACAGAUGACUUUGUUGAAUUUAUCGAGUCUUCAACACGUUUGACUUCAUUGCAACGAAUUGAGAUAAAAACUCUUGAUAGAUGGCGAUUCGACUUUGAUACCGCGAAAGGUGUUCAGAUAACCAAAUGCCAUCUGUCUUCUGAGAUGACUGCUAGAAUGUGGUCUUGUCUGAGACCCCUCACCUCACUGAACCAUCUCACCAUUUCAGACUCAUCGCUCAGUUUCUCUCUAUCACCUCCUGCACUACCGUCCAUCACAAAGCUAUUAGCUAAUAAACUGACGUCACAAUGCUACCAAGGGUUGAUCUUGUCACUACCUGGGUUGCGAGAUAUUGAUGUCCAAAAUGCAGCUACAGAUGACUUCGUUGAAUUUGUCGGGUCUUCAACACGUUUGACAUCAUUGCAACUACUCAAGAUAAAAACUCUUGAUAGAUGGCAAUUCGACUUUGAUACUGCGAAAGGUGUACAGGUAACCAAAUGCCAUCUGUCUUCUGAGAUGACUGCUAGAAUGUGGUUAUGUCUGAGACCCCUCACCUCACUGAACACUCUCACCAUUUCAGACUCAUCGCUCAGUUUCUCUCUAUCACCUCCUGAACUACCGUCCGUCACAAAGCUAUUAACUAGUAAACUGACGUCACAAUGCUACCAAGGGUUGAUCUCGUCACUACCUGGGUUGCGAGAUAUUGAUGUCCAAGAUGCAGCUAGAGAUGACUUUGUUCAAUUUGUAGAGUCUUCAACACGUUUGACAUCACUGCAUCGACUCAAGAUAAAGUGA